GACGGAUGACACCGGAGCCGGCCACUGGACGAGCGCGUCUUCCAUGACGCAACACCACUAAGGAUUCACUCCCCGCCUCUCGCUGACCUGCUACUCUGCCUGUCUCCCGCUCCUUCCCCUCCCUGACGGUGUGGCGCGGCGUGUUGCCCCGGGUCAGCGGCAGCAGCGGUAGGAGGAGGCAUUAACAACGGUGGCUGCAGCAGCAGCAGCAGCAGGGCAUCGCAGUAGGAGGCAGCGGCAGCGGCAACAUGAGUGACAUCGAGAGCGAGAGCGGCGAGGCCCGGCGGCGUCUGCGGUCACUGGCGCGGGAUCAGUUCGUGCUGACGGGCAACCCCAACCUGCUGGGGCUGCCAUACUACACCCACCUGGACGGCCUGGCGGGGCGCGACGACGACAACGAGUCACUGCUAGACUCGGCACAGUUCCUCGGCCACUACGAUGACUCCGACACCGGGUCCGGGUCGGAGCUCACGCGUCGCGCCCCGUCCCGCUACGGCACCUGGAAGUCUGUGGAGGACGGCAUCACGCUAACCUGGCGGGACAUGAGCGUGUACGUGCCGCAGAAGAAGACGUGGUACAAGGCGUCGGGGGGACACAAACCCUUCAAGCUGGUGCUCAACUCAGUGUCCGGUGCGGUUCGUCCAGGUAGUCUAGUGGCCCUAAUGGGUGCCAGCGGGGCGGGCAAGUCCACCCUGAUGAACGCGCUGGCGCACCGCACGCCGGGCGAGGUCAUGGUGGACGGAGACAUACUGGUGAACGGCCACCGCGCCAACAGGAGCAUGAACGCCCUCUCCGGCUACGUUCACCAGGAUGACCUCUUCGUGGCCUCUCUCACCGUGAAGGAACACCUCACGUUCAUGGCGCGGCUUCGCAUGGACGUCCGCACCACCGCCAACGAGCGACGGGGGCGGGUACACGAGCUGCUGAAGGAGUUGGGUCUGACGAAGGUGCAGCACUCACGCAUCGGGGCGCCAGGCCUGGAAAAGUCCCUCUCUGGCGGCGAAAGAAAGAGACUGGCCUUUGCUACCGAGAUCCUGACUGACCCGCCGCUCCUGUUCUGCGACGAGCCAACGACCGGCCUGGAUUCGUUCAACGCGCGAAAGCUGGUUAAGAUGAUGAAGGAGAUGGCAGCGCGCGGCAAGACCAUCCUCUGCACCAUCCACCAGCCCUCCACCGAAGUGUUCCUCAUGUUCGACAAGCUCAUGCUGCUCGCGGAGGGUCGCCUGGCUUACAUCGGCUCGUCUAAUGGCGCUCUGGAGUUCCUUGACGGGCUAGGCCACAAGUGCCCGUCCACCUUCAACCCGGCGGACUUCUACAUCCACACGUUGGCGGUGCAGCCGGGACACGAACUGCGGUCACGCGAGAGGAUCAAGCGCAUCUGUGACAACUUCGCCGUCUCCCCCUACGCUAAGGACGUGGAGCUCAUCAUCCAGCACCAGGACAACAAGUUCCAGCAGUACGCGGACAUGCAGAAGUCAUAUGAUGGAGCGUACAACUGCGCGGCCAGCAGCAGCACCAACAGCAGCAGCAGCACGAAUGAAUCCAUUGUACAGAUCGUGAAGCACAUCCCGAAGCUGCCGGGGUGGUGGAUACAGCUGUACUGGCUCUGGUGGCGCGCCGUCAUCGACUCCUACAGGAAUCCGGCAGUUCACGGCAUUAGGAUCCUGCAGAAGUUUGUCAUGGCUCUCCUGAUCGGCAUGUGUUACUCGGGCGUGGAGAUCAACCAGCGCGGGAUCCAGGACAUCGAGGGAGUCCUGUUCAUCUACAUCACCGAGAACACCUUCCCGUCCGUCUACGCGGUGCUCAACGUCUUCCCGCUCGAACUCCCGCUCUUCCUUCGCGAGUACAAAAACGGAAUCUAUCGCUGUGACACAUAUUACAUAGCGAAGAUGGCGGCCCUGAUGCCCGGCUUCUUCCUCGACCCCAUGAUCUUCGUGUGCAUCUGCUACUGGCUGGUGGGGCUGCGGCCGCGCCUCUACACCUUCCUCAUGACCAUCGUGGUGCUCAUCUUCACCACCAACACCGCCUCCUCCUGUGGCGCCAUGUUCUCGGCCAUGUUCGAGUCUCUGCCCUACGCCAUGGUGAUGCUGGUGCCGUUCCUCAUGAUGCUGCUUAUCACCGGGGGCCUCAUGGUCAACCUCGGGUCCCUCUCGCCGUACAUCGGGUGGGUGAAGUAUUUAUCGUGGUUCAUGUACAGCAACGAGGCCCUGACGACGCUGCAGUGGGAGGGCGUCAAGAACAUCACGUGCGAGACGGGUCCCAACGUGCCCUGCCUGAAGGAGGGCGACGCCGUGAUCCACCGCUUCACCUUCAGCGAGUCCCACCUGCCGCUCGACCUGAUCUGCAUGGCGAUCCUCUACCUCACCUUCCACAGCAUCGGCUUCUGCGGCCUCCUCUCCCGCGCCCGAAGGAAGUGAUAAGGGGGAGGAUGAGGAGAAGGAGGAGGAGAAGGAGGAUAGUCAUAAAAAGAGGAGGAGGAGGAAAAAGAUGGCCAUUAAAAGAGAAGAAGGAGGAGAAAGAAGAUAUCAUAAAAAGAGGAGCAGGAGAAGAAGGGUGAUAAAAAGAGGAGGAAAAGGAGGAGGAGGAGGAGAGUGAUAAAAAGAGGAGAAGGAGAAGGAUAGUGAUAAAAAGAGAAGGAGGAGGAGGAGGAGAGUGUAUAAAGAAGAGGAUAAUAAAGAAAUCCAAAACAGGGAAGACAAGAAUAGAAGGAGGAGAAGGAUUAAAAAGACACGAAUUAAGAUUAAGGAGAAAAAGAAGAAGAGACAACAGGGGAAAGAGGAGGAGGAGCAGGAAGGAAGACUUGUAGGAGGAAAAGUAGCUCAGAAACAGGAAGGGGAGAAGGAUGGAGGAGAAGGAAGAACGUAGGAGAGGUAACAGGAUAUGAAGGAUUAGAAUGACAUCAGAAAGAGGAGGAGGAGGAGGAGCACAGUAAAAGAACCUCAAAACAACAAGAAACCAAGAGGAUGCAGAGGAGUAAUGUAAAGUAAGAGGAAGACUGAUACAACUCGAGAUUAGAAACAAGAGGAAAACAUAAGUACCAGACUGGGUAAAAAUCGAAUUAAAAUGAUGAUUGUAUUGACACCCAUUCUCCUUUCCCUAUUGAAGACGAACAGAACCCAUGAACAAACCGGGACUUUAAAAAGAAAACAAAAGAAGAUCGCACGAAGACAAGAGGAAGAAGACAGCAGAAGAAAGACAGAAUAGGACAUAAGGACACCAGGAAAAAGAGGAGGAUAAGAAGAAAAGAAGGAAAAGACAUUAUGGCACAGAAGGAAAGGCAGGGAGAAGAGGGAGGAGGAGGAGGAGAAGGAGAAGGAAAGGAGAUGAAGAAUAAGGAGGAAAAGACGAAGAGUAAUGAAUAUGAAGUUCCUCUGACACACACACUUACAAACACACUCACACUCACACUCACACACACACACACACACACACACACACACACACACACACAAAUAUAACAUCGUGUGCACAAUAACCUCGCGUGUAUUUGUUUUGACAAUAAAUAAAUAACAAUA